GCUUGCCAGGGGGAGGCGAGAGGCUCCUCCCUGGAGCAGAGAAACCAGUUUGUCCGGUCGGGCAGAGCGGAGGGAAAAGGGCUGCCGCCGAGGAAGGGCGCACCGACGCGGGGCGGGGGGAGGCGGGGAGCCCUUGGCGAGCCACGAGAGCCGGAGGAGUCGCGGCCAACUGGACGGGCUUCCCGGGGCCCCCGGCCAGCCCCGUGUGCCAUGCAGCGCUAGCGCAGCCGCAGCGCUGGGGCCGGGUGGGAGGCGGCCAGGUGCGCACAAGCCUCGGAGCGGCGCGCACCCCGCGGAUGCCCGGUCGGGGCCCAGAGAGCACUAGGUAGUUCCAAUUUGCCAGCAGAAUGAACACAGAAAGAGACUCAGAAACAACGUUUGAUGAGGACUCUCAGCCCAACGAUGAAGUGGUUCCCUACAGUGAUGAUGAAACUGAAGACGAACUUGAAGACCAGGGGCCUGCGGUUGAACCAGAACAGAAUCGUAUCAACAGAGAAGCAGAGAGCAAGCGGGAGACAUUCCGAAAAGAUUGCACGUGGCAAGUCAAAGCAAAUGAUCGAAAGUUCCAUGAACAGCCUCAUUUUAUGAACACCAAAUUCUUUUGUAUUAAGGAGAGCAAAUAUGCGAGCAAUGCAAUUAAAACAUACAAGUACAAUGGAUUUUCCUUUCUACCCAUGAAUUUGUUUGAGCAGUUUAAGAGAGCGGCCAAUUUCUACUUCCUGAUCCUCCUUAUUUUGCAGGCGAUUCCUCAAAUCUCCACCCUGGCAUGGUAUACCACACUUGUACCCCUACUUCUGGUGCUGGGCAUCACAGCCAUCAAAGAUCUGGUAGAUGACGUGGCGCGACAUAAAAUGGACAAGGAAAUCAACAACAGGACAUGUGAAGUCAUUAAGGAUGGCAGGUUCAAAAUUAUCAAGUGGAAAGACAUCCAAGUUGGCGAUGUCCUCCGUCUAAAGAAGAAUGAUUUCAUUCCAGCUGACAUCCUGCUGUUGUCCAGCUCGGAGCCUAACAGCCUCUGCUACGUAGAAACGGCCGAGCUGGAUGGAGAAACCAACUUGAAGUUCAAAAUGGCCCUGGAAAUCACAGACCAGUACCUCCAAAGAGAAGAUAACUUGGCAACGUUUGAUGGUUUCAUUGAAUGUGAAGAACCAAACAAUCGGUUAGACAAGUUCACGGGAACGCUGUUUUGGAGGAACCGAAGUUUUCCUUUGGACGCCGAUAAAAUCCUGUUACGUGGCUGUGUCAUUAGGAACACCGAUGUCUGCCAUGGCCUGGUCAUUUUUGCAGGUGCUGACACUAAGAUAAUGAAGAACAGUGGGAAGACCAGAUUUAAAAGAACUAAGAUCGAUUACUUGAUGAACUACAUGGUGUACACGAUCUUUAUUGUACUCAUCCUGGUUUCUGCUGGCCUUGCCAUUGGCCAUGCUUACUGGGAAGCGCAAGUUGGCAAUUAUUCUUGGUACCUCUAUGAUGGAGAAAAUGCCACACCCUCCUACCGGGGCUUCCUGAAUUUCUGGGGCUACAUCAUUGUGUUGAACACGAUGGUGCCCAUCUCUCUUUAUGUCAGUGUGGAAGUGAUCCGUUUGGGACAGAGCCACUUCAUCAACUGGGACCUGCAGAUGUACUAUGCUGAGAAGGACACGCCUGCAAAGGCGAGGACCACCACGCUGAAUGAGCAGCUGGGGCAGAUUCAUUACAUCUUCUCGGAUAAGACGGGCACUCUCACACAGAAUAUCAUGACCUUCAAAAAGUGCUGCAUUAAUGGGCAAAUCUAUGGAGACCAUCGAGAUGCUUCUCAGCACAGCCACAGCAAAAUAGAGGUCGUGGAUUUCAGCUGGAACACGUUUGCCGAUGGAAAGCUUGCCUUUUACGACCAUUACCUUAUUGAGCAAAUCCAGUCAGGGAAAGAGCCGGAAGUUCGGCAGUUCUUCUUCUUGCUUUCCAUCUGCCAUACAGUCAUGGUGGAGAGAACGGAUGGUCAAAUCAACUACCAGGCAGCCUCUCCUGACGAAGGCGCCCUGGUGAAUGCCGCCAGGAACUUUGGCUUUGCCUUCCUCGCCAGGACGCAGAACACCAUCACUGUCAGUGAACUGGGCACAGAAAGGACCUACAGCGUGCUUGCCAUUUUGGACUUCAACAGCGACCGGAAGCGGAUGUCUAUCAUCGUAAGAACCCCAGAAGGUAGCAUCAGGCUGUACUGUAAAGGUGCGGAUACCGUCAUUUACGAACGACUCCACCGGAUAAAUCCCAUGAGGCAAGAAACACAGGAUGCGCUGGAUAUCUUUGCAAGUGAAACUCUCAGAACCCUGUGCCUGUGCUACAAGGAAAUUGAAGAAAAAGAAUUUGCAGAAUGGAAUAAGAAGUUUAUGGCUGCCAGCGUGGCCUCGACCAACCGGGAUGAAGCUUUGGAUAAAGUGUAUGAGGAGAUUGAGAAGGAUUUGAUUCUCUUGGGAGCUACCGCUAUUGAAGACAAGCUACAGGAUGGAGUUCCAGAAACCAUCUCCAAACUUGCAAACGCUGACAUUAAGAUCUGGGUGCUCACAGGAGACAAAAAGGAAACUGCGGAAAACAUAGGCUUUGCCUGUGAACUUCUGACAGAAGACACCACUAUCUGCUAUGGGGAGGACAUAAAUUCUCUUCUUCACACCAGGAUGGAGAAUCAGAGAAACAGGGGUGGAGUCUCUGCGAAAUUUGCACCCCCUGUGUAUGAACCCUUUUUUCCACCUGGAGAAAACCGGGCCUUAAUCAUCACUGGCUCUUGGUUGAAUGAAAUCCUUCUGGAGAAAAAGACCAAGAGAAGUAACAUCCUGAAGCUGAAGUUCCCCAGGACGGAAGAAGAGAGGCGGAUGAGGAGCCAGAGUAGGAGAAGGCUGGAAGAGAAGAAAGAGCAGCGGCAGAAGAACUUUGUGGACCUGGCCUGCGAGUGCAGCGCCGUCAUCUGCUGCCGUGUCACCCCCAAGCAGAAGGCCAUGGUGGUGGACCUGGUGAAGAGGUACAAGAAGGCCAUCACGCUGGCCAUUGGAGACGGGGCCAAUGAUGUGAACAUGAUCAAAACUGCCCACAUUGGUGUUGGAAUAAGUGGACAAGAAGGAAUGCAAGCCGUCAUGUCCAGUGACUAUUCUUUUGCUCAGUUCAGAUAUCUGCAGAGGUUGCUGCUGGUCCAUGGCCGGUGGUCUUACAUAAGGAUGUGCAAGUUCCUCCGAUACUUCUUUUACAAGAACUUUGCCUUUACUUUAGUUCAUUUCUGGUACUCCUUCUUCAAUGGCUACUCAGCGCAGACGGCCUAUGAGGACUGGUUUAUCACCCUGUACAACGUCCUAUACUCCAGUUUGCCCGUGCUCCUCAUGGGGCUGCUUGAUCAGGAUGUGAGUGACAAACUGAGCCUCCGGUUCCCUGGGUUGUACGUAGUGGGACAGAGAGACCUGCUGUUCAACUACAGGAGAUUCUUUGUCAGUUUGCUGCAUGGGGUCUUAACGUCGAUGGUCCUCUUCUUCAUACCACUUGGUGCUUAUCUGCAAACAGUGGGACAGGACGGAGAGGCACCUUCCGACUACCAGUCCUUUGCCGUCACAGUGGCCUCAGCUCUCGUAAUAACUGUCAACUUCCAGAUCGGCUUGGAUACUUCUUACUGGACUUUUGUGAAUGCCUUUUCGAUUUUUGGAAGCAUUGCAGUAUACUUUGGCAUCAUGUUCGAUUUUCAUAGUGCUGGGAUCCACGUCCUCUUUCCAUCUGCAUUUCAGUUCACAGGUACGGCUUCCAAUGCCCUGCGACAGCCUUAUAUCUGGCUGACCAUCAUCCUGACUGUUGCGGUGUGCUUGUUGCCUGUGGUUGCCGUCCGUUUCCUGUCAAUGACCAUUUGGCCGUCAGAAAGUGAUAAGAUCCAGAAGCACCGGAAGCGAUUGAAGGCUGAAGAGCAGUGGAAACGGCGGCAGAAUGUGUUCCGGAGGGGAGCAUCCUCCAGGCGCUCGGCCUAUGCCUUCUCGCACCAGAGGGGCUACGCGGACCUCAUCUCCUCAGGCCGUAGCAUCCGCAAGAAGCGCUCGCCCCUGGAUGCCAUCAUUGCAGAGGGCACGGCUGAGUACCGACGCACAGUGGAGAGCUGAGUGGCUCUGCUCAGCGGAGCGACCCGAGCGCUGGGGAAAUGCCUUUUUUUUUUUUUUUUAAUGAAAGACUCAGGACCUUUUUAAAAAAAUGAAUGGACAAACUGAAUUUGUCACAGUGAUACCAAGGACAAUAGCCUUUAUAAUAAACUUCUAGGGUUGUGCUGUUAAGCAAUGGCAAAGCCAAGAGACCACCUAUUAUUCAGCCGAUUGUGUCUGCUGAGAUUCAAAGGGAACUUUUUUUUUUUUUUUAAAUCCAGACCCAAUUGAGGACAGCAGAAUCUAGAAAAGUCUCCAUUUCAGCUCGAAGGAUACUACGACACUAUAAAAUUACAAUUACCAUUUCCACUUCUCUACUUCACUAUAAAAUUACACUGUUCUAUCCGUGGCCUCACGCAUGGAUUUCUCAGGUGCACCCCUACCCCCGCUUGUCACCUUUGUGAGUGUAGUAACAAAAGAUUCGUAAUUUUUAUCACCUGACACAAGUGGUUUAGUGACCUUUUCAGAGCUGGUGUUCGACUCCCUGCUUCUUUAUACCAGCCUGGAAAGUUUGAAACCAAUCUUCUUGAUUGAAUGAUUAAGUGCAAAGUUUCCUUUUGGUUUUGAUUUGCUACCAGGUUAAAUAAUGCAUUACAUAUUUUUGCCAUUUCCCUGUACUACCAAGUGGCUUGACGCCCAACUUUAAUUUAAAAAAAAAAAAGAUUUUUAAAAGCUGAGGACAUUAUCAACUAGUAUUAAGUUCCAUCAUGAUGAAAGAAAUUAACUGUGGCAUUUGUUGCACAGUAAAGGACUAUAGACAAUGAUGAUGGGAUGUAUAUGUCAGAAAUGCCAGACGAAAGGGAUUUGAACGUUUUCAACACAAAGCGCUGUCUGCAGAGACGGACAAACCCUGAUGUCAUCAUUAUACAACAUACACGUGCAGGGAAACGCCCUGUGCCGGGCUACCUUGGGGCUUGGUGGCAAAGCUGGGUCUUAAGUCCCAUCUCAUACAAAGAAAGAAGAGACAUCGCACGGUAUUCCAUGAACACGCACAGUUAUGGAUCACUUCACGUUAACUAGAAAAGUACAGGACAGUGCCUACUAGAAAUUUCAUUGUGGUUUCCUUUGGAAGACAACUUAGCUCUUCUGAGCCACUGGAUGCAUUGAGGGGCAGAGACAAGAGUCUUGAUCACUAAGUUACGGGAAGGUUGUUACUACCACCCAGAACACGUGAGCACAACAAAUGCAAAGUCUGCAAGGGGUACCCUCCCUGCUCAGCAGAGAACAGUUUAAACAAGCUAAAGGCCCACAGGGCAUCAGUGAUCCAUUCGGGAAUAUUUUGCAGAGUUGUCUGUUGAAAAAAAGCUGUGUCCCCUUCCUACAAGUUAUUUUAUAGGAGUCUCUUAGGAGUCUCACUCUGGCAUCUGUCUUAUGUCUAAGACAAAAGAACAGUAUUUUUUAUUUUGUAAAAACAUUAGGUGAUUAAGAAAAGUAUCCUUGAAAAGGUAACUUAUUCCCCACCUAUCUGCCCCCAGGGACUCUUCCCAUUUUAUAUCUUCCUACUCCAGGGAAAAUGUAGGUGGGUUGCAGUGGGUAACUUUUUUCCCUUGCAAAUGUUUAUAUCCGUCUGUGAAUUCCCCAGAAGAUAUUGUGUGUGUAGUUCAUCGUCUACACACAGACAGGAAAAGGUAAUUGUAAUUUUAUAAUGCAUUGUCUAGGUAUGAUGAAAGAAUGUAUGCCUAUCCUAUGGAGGUAAAUUUCUGAAAGUUUACAACUUUACCUUGUAAAUAAAAACAAUUGUAUGUUUUUCUUUUUUUAUAGAAAAUUCAGCUUGUGUAAUUUUGUCAGUUUCACUUUCAUUUUUUGAAUGGUGGGAAAGGUUGACAAUGCAAAUGUGUCAAAGACCUACACUGUUGGGUGCAAUAUUAAUAAUUUAAAAGUGCAAAUCAUAAAUUAUUUCUAUAUGCUGUAAAUCUGAGAUUUAAUGUAUAUUUUUGUUUAAAAAAUAAAUGCUUUAGUAAAAUA